AUGACCAUGUUUUUCUUAAAACUUUGGAGCCGAGAACUAAUUCCGCAGGCAAGCGAACUUGAUCAUGUCGUGGAAGAACUUGAGAAGAUUGCUGUUGUUAAUCUCCUUCAGCACAGAUCAAUCAUUUCCCUCAUUGGAAAUGUUCAAAGAUCCUCACUGAUACUGGAGAAGGCAUUUCAUGUUCUUCGAACCAAUGGAGUCAACGUUCAGAUGAUCUCACAGGGUGCAUCUAAGAUGAUCUCACAGGGUGCACGUAAGGUCAAUAUCUCACUGAUUGUAAACGACAAUGAAGCAGAGCAGUGUGUCAGAGCUCUGCACUCAACAUUCUUCGAAUCUGAUCUUCCCGAACUAGAUAUGGAAGCUGAAUCUGCAAACGGCUUGGCAUCAUCAUGAACAACAUCUGUGUUGAUGGAGGUUUUUGCUUCCCCUGUCAAUCUUGCGUAUUUGGGUGUAAUAGUAGUUAUUUAUUCAAAUCUUA